AAUGAUGUUGACUUGCAUAAACGCAAGACGGUAGUUCAUUGAUUAAGUCAUCAUCGAAAUUAUGAAAAGAGAGUUGGCUGAAAUAUAAGAAAUGUCAUUGAGGUGGACAGCAGCAAUCUGUGUAUACUGUAGGCACGUACGAAGCCUAUAAUUUUUUUUUCAUUUUUUUGUACCAACCAAAUCCUCAAAUUAACUUUGAAAAAAUAAACACUUUAAAUAAAAUUUGUGCUCAAAAUGUCUAGCACAGAAAUAUCAUCACUCCUAGCUUAUAAUCCAACGCCCAUCAACACACGCUGUGGCGAAGUUUAUUGCUCGGAAAAUCUUGAUAACUUUUUGAUUCAUUGUGGAACUUGCUCACAGCAAUUCAAUUUGCUUAGUUGCACUUUAUUUAUCAAACACAUAAGAGAAUGCAAAACAAUGGGUUUUCAAAAUAUUGGAGACCACAAUAUUGCUGGUCAGGAUAUUUGCAGCUAUACAAUUGAUAAUCUACUCAAAGAUGCUUUAAAAAGUAAUAACAUUGAUAGCGGGGGGACAACGACGACAACAGCGGUCGAUCAUAUUGACCCUUUAAUGGCUCUUAAGUUAGAAAUGGUCAAAGAAAAAGAGGAGCCUCAAGGUUUUAGUGAACAACCUCAGGAAGUUGAAAACUUGUCAGACUACAUGGACGAAGACGAAUUGCCGAUAGAAAAAGUCAUUCGCCGGAAGAAAAUCGAAGGAAUAAUUGAUGAGUAUAGGAAACACCCGAUUUUGUGGGAUGUGGGAAUGGCUAGGUCGAGUACGAAUAGCGAGAAGAAGCAACAUUACAGGCAAAUUAGGAAAUCUGUGAAUACCAAGUUUAAGAUGGAUUUGACAUACAAAGAGUUGCAUCAACAAAUUAUUGCAUUAAGGCAGGUUUAUAAAAGAGUUCUUAAGCGAAAGCAGAGCUUUGAGAAAUUCUUCACUGAUGGAAGUACAAAAUUCAAUCCAAAAUUGUGGUACUUUGAGAAGCUUUCGUUUAUUCAAGGCUUACAUGAUGAUAUUGAGGUUGAACUGCCUUCAAUAGAUGAAAGGGAUCCAAAUAUUAUUACGAAGCAGGAACCAUCGGACUGUGAAUCUUCCGAUUCUGGAAAUAAACAACCAGCAACUCCAUUUAAAAAGAAACCCGAACGAGAUAGUUGCAAGAUAUUGUGUGAUCCACCAAUAAUAUCGGAUCUCAUAGCUCAAUACAAACAAUAUCCAUUUUUGUGGGAUCAAACAGCAACGCUUUACAAUAGCAAAUAUGCAAGGAAGGAUGCUUUCCGGAAAAUAACUGCAUUCAUUAAUAAGAAAUUCAACAAAAAUGUCACAGACAGAGAUGUUAGGCAGCAAAUUGUUAAUCUUCGUAGUGGAUACAGACGAGUGCAACGAAAGAAACAUGAUGCAGAUUAUCGAAUUAGUUUAUGGUAUUUCGAUGAUUUAUCUUUUAUUGAUAGGAAGGCGAAUGAAGAAGAAAACAGUGUGGUUCCAAUAGAAGUAGAUGUUUCUGAAAUUCAAAUAAACCAAGGAAAUCCGGCACUUGACCAACAAGAAAAUGAGGACGAUGAUGGCAAAGGAGAAACUAGUGGUCAAAGACGAGAGACAGAAAUUGUGUUGGCUAUUAUUGAGGAAUACAAAGAACACCCAUGUUUAUACAAUAAUUACCUUUAUAAAACCAAUUGUCGCUUUAGUCGAGGUGAUGCUAUUACCGAAAUCAGGACAACAAUCAAUAAUAAAUUUAACACCAGCUACACCGAUGUAGAGAUCAAGGCAAAGAUUGCCCAACUUAGAAGCAGUUACAGGCGUAUUUUACGUACCAAGGAAGGUUUUGAAAAGCUUCAUGCCAAUGCUAACAGGAAAUUCCAUCCGCAAUGGAAGUACUUUGAUAAAUUGUCAUUUAUUGGGACUAAAGAUAGUGAUUUCUCUGUAAGGCGUAUGAAGAAUCGAAAGUCUAAAAAGAAUGAAGAUGCAGAUGAAGAUGAAGAACGAAAUACUAAAAAAUGCAAAGAAGAGAAAGCAGACAAAAAAGAGGAAGAAGAUAAGGAAGAUAAUGAUGAUGAUGACGACAAGGAUGAUGAUGAAGACGAAGAUUCAGAUGAUGAGGACGACGAUGAGGAGGAGGAAGAUAGAGAAGAAGCUGAACCAUUACAACAUGAUGAUAAACUUUCAGCCGACAGUGAUGACAAUGAAGAAUCAAACCAAAAUAGUCUUAAAAUGGAGUUCAUGCAGGAAGAAGUAAGUCGACCUAUUAAGUUUGAACAGAUGUCUGAUAAUGGUGAAGAAGAACGACAAAAUCCGAAAUCUAUCGUCAAAAACAAAGAACUUCUAACGGCUGUUAUAGAGGAAUACAAAAAGCAACCCUGCUUAUGGGCUAUUAAGCACUAUACCAAUGAUAAUGCCUACCGCAGGGGGGCUUUCGAAGAAAUGGCCAAAAAUAUCAACGCUCAAUUCAACACCACAUACAAUUACAAAGAUAUGAGUGUGGAAAUUGUUAAACUGCGUGCAACAUACAAACGUAUGUUGAAAAAGAAACAAGAAGAUCCAACAUUUGAACCAAAGCUAUGGUAUGCAGAUAAAUUGUCUUUUAUCGAGGGAAAAGCACCAAGUGCACCAGAAAAUGGUCAAGAACAAGAUUUGACUACUUCUAUGUGCAAUGAAACCAAUCAAACAUCAUCAUUUCAAGCCAACGAAUCUGAAGAAGACAAUAUGGAAGAAAUAUUUAAUAAGAAAAACAAGAUUAAGAGCAAAGAUAUGGUUUUCGAAAUCAUCGAUCUUUACAAAACCCAACCAAUCUUAUGGGACACCAGCCACCCAUUGCAUAUGCUUCGAACGGAACGAAGAAGAGCUAUUCAGAAAAUAACUGAAGUUCUAGGAAAUGAACAUGAUUGUUACCUAACAGUUGAAGAAUAUCGCUAUCAAAUUCGUUUUCUAAGAGAUUCAUAUUUUAGAGCUCUACGCCAAGAGAAUGCCGCUAAAAUAGGUGACUUCGGUAGUUCUUACAUACCAAAACCUUUUUUCUUCGAUCGAUUAUCAUUUUUGGAACCUUUUGCUGAAAAACUUCCAAUUUACGUGCCGCGAUUGCAUUCUGAUAUUUCCGAACCUAGUGGAGAUUUUAGCUAUCUUGUCGACAACAGACCAUUGAUGCUUGAUUUUAUAGAAGCUUAUAAAUCGCAUGCUUGUUUGUGGGACACCAAACACCCGGACAAAGACAAUUCAACACUUCAUUCAGAGGCCUACGAUAAGAUUAUAGAUGUAUUUUUGAAAUACAACAUUAUAAUGACCAAGGAACAGAUUAUAGUUGCAAUAAGGUUUAUUCAAUUUUCGUAUGUAAGACAGCAAAAGAUAAACGAUAAAAAUUUAAUAACUGACCAAACAAGUGAGCCGUUGGUAUGGUUUUAUGAAAACCUCCUUUUCCUCGGGAAAAUUCCUCAAAACAUGAAUAAAUAUUGCUCCCAUUGUGAUCAGCAUUUCCAUACAUUGGCAGCAUAUGAAAAGCACAAGAUCGAAAUUGCGGGAGACUACCCCUACAAGUGUUCUGUGUGCAAAGCUGGAUUUGUCUCACGCUCAAAGUAUGCCUAUCAUCAGAUUACCCACAAAGAGCCUCAUAAAUGCGAUCAAUGUGGAUUCCAAGCUUACGAUAAACACAACUUUAAUGUCCACAUGCGUCGCCACAAGGGAAUACAUCCCUUCAAGUGUCUUGAAUGUGACAAAGGUUUUGUAACGUCAACCGAAUUGAAUCGUCACAUGCGAAUGCACACGGGUGAGCGGCCGUUCAUCUGCGAUGUAUGCGGAAAAACUUUGCCAGCUGCUUCGGAAUUCCGUCAGCAUAUGAAGCGGCACAGUAAUCAGCGAGAUCACAAGUGUGAUUUGUGUGGCAGUGCAUUCUUUACGCCUAAAACGCUGCGCGAUCAUAUGGCAUCACAUUCAAAUGAAAGGCAACACGUGUGCGAAACUUGCGGAGCAGCAUUUAAAAGAAAAAAGACGCUGCAUCAGCAUAAGGCAUUGCACGCUGAGAAAAAGAAACACGAGUGCAAGAUUUGUGGAAAGCUUUUCGCACAAAAAGCAGGCGUUUAUUCACAUAUGAAAUCACAUGGGCUAAUGGCUGGAAGUUAAAUGGUAUGGUAAAAUGUAAUUAGAUUUAAUUUUUAAUGUUAAACUGAAGUUUGUGUAUCUAAUAAAUUACAUAUUUCAAAUUAAAAUAUAAUUUUAAUCA